AUGCGGAAAGAAGAGCCGGACCUCGAGGACGAGGCCCUGAAGGCAGAGUUGGCUUCCUUGGCCGCGCUGCGCGCGCAGCGGGAGAAGGAGGCCCCGAGCGCGCCGCGGUCCGAGAGGGCCACGCCGAGAGCUACGCCGAAGGCCACGCCGAGGGCGGAGAUUCGCAUCACUGGCGCCACCGCGGAUGCUCUGCUGUCCAGGGCGGAGCAGGCAGAAAACACCGUGGACCGGGAGAUCGAAGAGAUGGAUCGGGAGCUGCAGCGGCAAGUGGCGGAGUUCCGCAAGCAGCAGCGGCGCGAUUCGGAGACUUCGCAGACCCCCUGCGAGGACAGCGCAGAGCCCGCCCCGUGCCCCCCCAGCUUCACGGACGUCCACGAAAGUGCCGAGUUGCGCGAGCUCAAGGACCUCGCUGCCAAGAUGGAGGAGGCCUUCCCAGAAGGUGAGGGCGCCGCGCCGUCCCCGCCGACUGUUGUGGAUGGCGAGGCACAACAGGUGCCAGAUGCAGAGCUUGAGGACACGGAGGUGACGGAGUUCAAAAGCUUGCUCGAUCAGCUCGACCUCCGUCUGAGGGCGCUGCAAAGCAAAGAGGUGCUCAAGCUGCCCCUGGAUGAGGCGCCGGCAUCCUUGGUCCCCAAAGGCGUGGUGGACACAUUGGAGGGGCUGCGGUCCCAGAACCGCUACCUGCGCGAGCAGUUGGGAUCUGAGCGGCGGAAAGGAAAGCUGGGCUUGGACCACAAGUUGCUGCAGAAGUGA